AUGAGCAGCACGUCUUUCAAGUGACAAAAGCCCUUUCAAGUGAGUUUCAACGCCACCGCUUCUCCUCUCUCCAACUGCCAACACACACCCAAAGCCUCCGCCCUACACCUCGUUUGGACCGCUAAUAAUUUCCUUUCUCUCUUCCUAUAUCCUCUCCCCCUGCUGUUUCCAUCAGCUUCAGCUUCACCCCAGUAGAACUCCAUGGACAAAUACCCCGCUCAAAAAGACGACGUUUUCCCAUCUCUCAAUCUCCACCCUUCCUACAGUUCCGACGACGGCAGCAAUCGCACCCCCAAAUUCUUCGACCGCUUCUACGACUCCUCCUCCGACGAUGACUUCUGCCCCUCCUCCUCGGCCGCAGCCCCAUCCAUCUCCGAGGGCGUCGAGAACGCCGGAAGACGUCUCGACUACAUGAUCCAGUUCUUGGAGCGCAAGCUCUCCUCUCCCGACCACGACAGGACUCGCGCUCUCCCCGAAUUUGUAGGUAAGGGCGGCGGCACCGGAAUGUUCAAGGUCCCUGUUCAUGUCUCCGUGCAUCCAGGUCGGCCGCCUAGUCUGGAGGUGAGGCCGCACCCGCUGAGGGAAACGCAGAUUGGGUGUUUUCUGAGGAGUGUUGUGUGCACGGAGUCGCAGUUGUGGGCGGGCCAAGAAUGCGGAGUUAGGGUUUGGAAUUUCUCGGAUUUGUAUGGAUCAGCGUGUGGAGCUGGGGGAGUGACGAGGAGCGGGGAUGAGGAAACGGCCCCGUUUUGUGAAUCGGUGCAGACCCCGGCUGCGAUCUGUUUGGUUGUGGAUGAGGCGAAUAGGUUGGUGUGGAGUGGGCACAAGGACGGCAAGGUCCGAGCUUGGAAGAUGGAUCAGCGUUUGGGUGAUGCUCCUUUUACAGAAUGUCUGGCUUGGCUUGCUCAUCGUACUCCAGUUCUUUCACUCGUUAUGACGUCUUAUGGUGAGCUCCAAGUUCCCAAAAUUCACUGUUUGAGUGGCAGGAAAAUUAUAGAGAAAUGAAAGGAAUCCCCCAAAAUUUAGAAUGAUUUGAAAGCUGAAUUAAGUAAUCAACACCCUUUUGCAUUUUGGUUGGUGCAAAUUGAAGGAGAAAGAACAAAACCUUGGAGUUUCAGAUUUGCUAAGCUGAGUAUUUGAGGGACCAGUGAAAGAUUUUUUUUUUUUUUUUAAUAGACAAAAGCAAGAAGGGGCGCACCCAACGUACAGGCAGUAUACACAAAGAAAACAACCCAGCACCAGAAAGAAAGAAGAAACCUAGAAAAUAGCAAGACUAGCCACAAUAAAGAGAGUCCAAAAAAUUCAGAUGAGAGGGGAUCUUCAAAUCCAGCAACUGUUUGGACCACUCCACAAAGGAUCUGAAAAAGAGAACCCUCAGCCUUUGGUCCAAUAAUUCAUCAUCUUUGAAAAUCCUUCAGUUGCGCUCUUCCCAAAUACACCAAAAUAAGCAAAUCAGAGCCAACCGCCAAAUUGUUAUUUUCUUCUUCCCCAGUCCCUUGAAUUUCAAUUAUAGGAGAAGAUUUUUCAUUGAAACCAGGAACACCCAAACCAACCCAAAAGUUGUUAACAACAAGGUUCAAAGCUAUCUUGGCCUAUCACAAUGAAUCAAAAUAUGUCAGCCGACUCUUCACUAUCUUUACAAAGAAUACAUCUAUUAACCAACGGUCAUCCUCUCUUCAUCAACAUAUCUACAGUUAAUAUCUUUCUCCACACUGCUUCCUAAGCAAAAAAACGAGUUUUGAGAGGAGCACUUGAUCCCUAAACCUCUUUAGCUAGAAAUAAAAGAUUGUUCUUAACCCUUAGAGAGCAAUCUUCUAUACUUUCCCUUCCCAUCAUUUUUCCAAAUUAAAGUGUCUUCCCCUUCUUGCACUUUUGAAGAAGUGGUGUGUUCCAAAGACUGAGACACCUCCUUUAACUCCCAAUCUUGGAAGAGUCUUCCAAAAGAAACCUCCCAAUAUCCACCUCCACCCCCUCCCUUUCCCCAUACAUCUACUACUAUUGCAUUCUUGUGGGAAGACAACCUGAAAAGAGUUGGGUAAACAUCCUUCAACUUAAUCCCCCCAACCCAACUAUCCCACCAAAAUCUUGUGCGUUUACCAUUUUCAAUGUGGAUGCUGGUUAUAAAAGUGAACUUUUCAGUCUUUUCUAAUGUAUUUCCAAAGACUUAGCCUGUAACAAUUCCUCACCUCUCUUGUGAUCCAACCCCCCUCCACCUCCCCAAAUUUUCCAAGAAUGACUUUUCUCCAAAGACUUUCCCUUUCAAGGGAGAAUCUCCAUAACCAUUUGCCUAAGAAGGCUUGAUUAAGACCCUCCAAGUGCCUUAGCCCCAAUCCUCCAUGUUUCUUAUUCUUACAAACCUCCACCCAAUUUACCAAGUGAAACUUCCUCCUCUCUUCUGUAUCCCUCCACAAAAGUUCCUUUGAAUUCUCUCUAACUUGGUUCACUUUCUUAGGGAUUACAAAGAACGGCAUAAAAUAGAUUGGGAGGCUUGAGAGAGUACUCUUAAUAAGGACAAGUCUAUCUCCUUUGGAUAGGUACUGUUUUUUCCAUGCAACCAAUUUCCUCUUGAAUCUCUCCUCUAUUACAUCCCAAACACCUAUUGAUCUAUGAGGGGCUCCAAAGGGUAAAUGUAGAUAAGAAGUAGGAAAUCUACCCACAUUGCACCCGAAUAGGACAACUGCUUUGUCCACAUCCUCCAUGCCCCCUACUGGAAUGGUUUCACUUUUUUGAAAAUUUAUCUUGAAUCUUGAAACCAACUCGAAACAAGUGACAAUUCACUUCCAAUAUUUUAGUUGAUCUUCAUCAUCCUUGCAAAAGAGGAGAGUAUUGUCUGUGAAUAAUAAGUGAGAAACUUGAACCCUUUCUCCCCCUCUACCUUCUAUCUUAACAACCCUAAUAAAAUCUCCCUCGUCAGCCUUAGCAAUUUAUCUGCUGAAUGCUUCCAUAAUCAAAACGAACAGGUAAGGUGAGAAUGGGUCCUCCUGCCUUAGCCCCUUAUUCAUCAAGAAUUUUUUUUUGGGAGUGUCAUUAAAUAAAACAACCAUUCUUAUAGUAGAAAUGCAAUAGAGGAUCCACUAUCUCCAUUUGGGGCUAAAACCCAUCUUCUCUAAAACCGAAAGAAGAAAUUUCCAGUUUACAUUGUCGUAAGCUUUUUCUAUGUCCAGCUUGUAGACCAGCCUCGCAUUAGACCUUCAUUUCCACGAGUCAAUCACCUCAUUUGUUACCAAGGCUACAUCCAAAAUCUGUCUACCUCCCACAAAUGCAUUUUGGCUGUUCGAUACCAUUUUGCUAAUCACCUUCUUCAGUCUAUUAGUUAGGACUUUUGCAAGAAUUUUGUAGAGACUCCCUACAAGACUAAUUGACCUGAAAUCUUGUAUGUCACCUGCCCCUCCCUUCUUCGGGAUGAGUACUAAAAAAUUUGCGUUCAGGCUGCUAACUACAACAUUAUGCAAAUGGAAUUCCUCUAAUACCUGCAUCACUUCCCCACUUACUAUAGACCAGAAAAACUUCCAAAAAGCCAACGAGAACCCAUCCGUCCUUGGCGCCUUAUCAUCCCCCAAUCCUGACAUUGCUUUGGUCACCUCCUCUUCUAAAAUUGGGCCCUCCAAUCCCUCAUAAUCCAUGUUGUCGAUUCUCAUCAAUAACUUUGAAGCCACAACAGGUCUUCUCGCUUGGGGUUCUUCAAACAUAGCUUUGAAGUAGGAGCCAAUCCCCUCUUAAAGCUCCUCUUUUUCCAAGCGAAUCGCCUUAACGGUAAGGCUGCUGAUAAAAUUUCCUCUUCUCCUUUCAUUAGCCAUGCGAUGAAAAAACCUGGUGUUAUUAUCCCCUUUCUUCAGCUAGAGGGCCCUUGAUUUCUGCUUCCAAGAGGUCUCUUCUAGGAUGGCUAAAUGACUAUACUCAUCUUUUGUUGACCUUUGGCUUCUCCUAUCCUCUUUAGAGAGGGGUCUUAGCCUUUCUACAUUAUCCUAGUAGUUUAUCUGCUCUAAAGCAGCAUCCUUUCUAGCUGAAUCAUUACCAAGGACAUCUUUAUUCCACUUCUUUAUGUCGAUUUUCAUAGCUUGUAAUUUCUUGGCAAGCACAAAGCUAGGACCCGUGAAAGAUUCCGGAGUUCUAUUCUUCUUCUCCUUCAAAUUUUGGGCAAUUGAACAAAGAAUAAAUGAUUUCUCAAAGCUCAAGGGGUCUGAGGCAAGGGGACCCCCUAUCCCCUUACCUGUUCGUGAUAGCUAUGGAGGUGUUUAGUUGCUUAAUGAGAAGGGCCAUCAGUGGGGGCUUUCUAUCUGGAUGGAGGAUUAGAGGCAGGGGUGGAGAAGGGAUUAUGAUAUCCCAUUUGCUCUUUGCGGACGACACCUUGGUGUUUUGUGAGGAGUCCCAGGAUCAGUUGACGUAUCUAAGUUGGCUUCUCAUGUGGUUUGAGGCUUGCUCAGGUUUGAAAGUUAACUUGGAGAAGAGUGAGCUUAUUCCGGUGGGGAGGGUGACUGAUAUAGAGGAUUUGGCUCUGGAGUUGGGUUGUAAGGUGGGGGGUCUGCCUUCCAGGUAUUUGGGUUUGCCUUUGGGGGCACCUUUCAAAUCAGAGGUGGUAUGGGAUUGUGUUGAAGAGAGGUUUAGGAAAAGGUUGGCUAUGUGGAAGAGACAGUAUAUUUCCAAGGGGGGAAGACUCACCCUUAUUCGGAGCACUCUUUCCAGUUUGCCGGUUUACUUCAUGUCUCUUUUCCUUUUGCCCAGAAAAGUUAGGAUGCGGUUGGAGAAGAUUCAGAGGGACUUCCUGUGGGGGGGAGGUGCUCUUGAACAGAGGCCUCAUCUGGUUAGGUGGACUCUGGUUUGCUUGGAAAAGAAGAAAGGUGGUUUGGGGGUAAGAAACUUAGCGUUGAUGAAUAAAGCUCUCUUAGGCAAGUGGAAUUGGCGUUUUGCCACUGAAAGAGAGGUGUUGUGGAAGAAAGUGAUCAGUCACAAACAUGGUGUAGAGGAGGGGGGUUGGUGUACUCGGGCCGAAAGAGGGAGGCAUGGUGUAGGGCUGUGGAAAGCUAUUAGAAAGGAAUGGUUGGGUAUGUAUAGCAGUUUAGCCUUCCGUGUGGGCAAUGGUCGAAGAGUGAGAUUCUGGAAGGAUAAGUGGUGCGGAGAUGAGCCUCUCUACGAAUCCUUCCCCUCUCUUUUUGCCAUUUCUCAGGCUAAAGACGCGUGGGUUUCGGAAGUGUGGAACCCAGAUGGUGUAGGCGAUGGUUGGACCCCUUUGUUCUCAAGGGCGCUUAAUGAUUGGGAAAUUGAGAUGAUGGAACAGUUUAUGCUUAAAAUCCAAGCUUUUAGGGUGCAAAGGGUGAACGAGGACAAGAUAGUGUGGACAACAUCUAAAAGUGGUGUUUUCUCAGUCAAGUCGCUCUACGCUAUUUUGGAGCCUGGUGGUUCAGCUAUGUUCCCUUAUGUUGGUAUUUGGAAAGCGAGUGUGCCGCCAAAGGUUGCUUUUUUCGCGUGGGAAGCAUCUUGGGGCAAAAUCUUAACUCUAGACCAACUUCAGAGGAGGGGCUAUUCUUUGGCAAAUAGGUGUUUUCUUUGUCUUGCUGAAGCAGAAACGGUGGAUCAUCUUUUACUCCAUUGUGUUAUGACGAGGACAUUGUGGAAUCUUCUUUUUUCUCUCUUUGGUGUGGAGUGGGUUCUCUCUGGUACAGUUAAGGAUACUCUCCUGGGGUGGCAUGGAGCGUUUGUGGGGAAAAUCCGUAAAAAGGCGUGGCAAAUGGCCCCCUUAUGUAUAUUUUGGUCAGUGUGGAAGGAAAGAAAUUCGUUGGCUUUUGGGAACGAGGUGUUGUCAAUCCAAAGGGGAUUUAUGGUCGGGAUCUGAGGGCGGUGUUAUUAAGAUAUGGCCAUGGGAAUCAAUUGAAAAAGUAUUUUCUCUAACGAUGGAAGAAAGACAUAUGGCUGCUUUAUUAGUAGAGAGGUCAUUCAUUGACCUUAGGAGCCAAGUAACUGUGAAUGGGGUCUGUAACAUUUUAGCUUCAGAUGUAAAGUAUAUGAUAUCUGACAAUUGUAGAGCGAAAGUCUGGAGUGCAGGGUAUCAAUCAUUUGCCUUGUGGGAUGCUCGUACAAGGGAGUUGCUCAAAGUGUUCAAUGUUGAUGGUCAGAUGGAGAAUCGAGUGGACAUAUCACCAGUGCAGGAUCCUGCAUUUGAUGAGGAAUGGAAGAUGAAGUCUGUUUCGAGUUUGAAGAAGGAUAAGCUUCAGGCUUCCUUUAGUUUUCUCCAACGCUCACGUAAUGCUAUAAUGGGAGCAGCUGAUGCUGUCCGUCGAGUUGCGGCAAAGGGGGCCUUUGGAGAUGAUAGUCGGAGAACUGAAGCUUUGGUCAUGACAAUAGAUGGUAUGAUUUGGACUGGGUGUACAAGUGGCUUACUUGUGCAAUGGGAUGGAAAUGGCAAUCGUUUACAAGAUUUUCAUUACCAUUCUUUUGCUGUUCAAUGCUUUUGUACAUUUGGGUCACGAAUAUGGGUGGGUUAUGUUAGUGGCACAGUCCAGGUAUUGGAUCUUGAGGGUAAUCUGCUUGGAGGAUGGAUAGCUCAUGACAGUCCUGUGAUAAAUAUGACUAGUGGUGCUGGUUAUGUUUUCACCUUAGCUAAUGAUGGUGGUAUACGUGGCUGGAACACCACAUCUCCUGGACCUCUUGACAGCAUAUUGAGUUCAGAAUUGGCUGGCAAAGAAUUCUUAUAUACAAGGCUAGAAAAUUUGAAAAUAUUAGCUGGUACAUGGAAUGUAGGACAAGGAAGAGCUUCCCAUGAUUCACUUAUAUCCUGGCUAGGUUCUGCAUCCUCAGAUGUUGGCAUCAUUGUUGUCGGGCUGCAAGAAGUGGAAAUGGGUGCUGGUUUUCUUGCAAUGUCUGCCGCAAAAGAAACUGUAGGACUUGAGGGGAGUUCUGUUGGGCAGUGGUGGCUGGAUAUGAUAGGGAGAACUUUGGAUGAAGGGUCAAUAUUUGAACGUGUUGGAUCUAGGCAGUUGGCAGGAUUACUCAUUGCUGUAUGGGUUAGAAAUAAUAUCAGAGCUCAUGUUGGAGAUGUUGAUGCUGCAGCAGUUCCAUGUGGAUUUGGGCGUGCAAUCGGUAAUAAGGGAGCUGUUGGUUUGAGAAUGAGAGUGUAUAAUCGGAUAAUGUGUUUUGUAAACUGUCACUUUGCUGCGCAUUUAGAGGCAGUCAAUCGUCGUAAUGCGGACUUUGAUCAUGUAUAUCGAACUAUGAUCUUUAGCCGGCCAUCUAACCUUUUUAAUGCUACAACUGCUGGUGUUUCAUCUGCUGUACAAAUGCUGCGAAGUGCAAACUCAGUAGAAGGGACUCCUGAAUUGUCUGAGGCAGACAUGGUUGUAUUCCUUGGUGAUUUUAAUUAUCGGCUUGAUGGCAUAUCUUAUGAUGAAGCAAGGGAUUUUGUUUCUCAAAGAUGUUUUGAUUGGCUUAAAGAAAGGGAUCAACUUCGAGCAGAAAUGGAAGCUGGGAAUGUCUUCCAAGGAAUGCGUGAAGCAGUCGUUAGAUUUCCUCCCACAUACAAGUUUGAAAGGCACCAAGCUGGUUUAGCAGGAUAUGAUUCUGGUGAAAAGAAGCGCAUUCCAGCUUGGUGUGACAGGAUUUUAUAUCGUGAUAGCCGCUCAGCUGCUGUUGCUGAAUGCAAUUUAGAGUGUCCUGUAGUCUCUUCAAUUUUACAGUACGAAGCUUGCAUGGAUGUGACAGACAGUGAUCAUAAGCCUGUUCGUUGCAUGUUUAGUGUUGAUAUUGCUCGAGUAGACGAGUCAGUCAGAAGACAGGAGUUUGGAGAAAUUAUUGGAUCUAAUAAGAGGAUCUGGCAUAUGCUUGAAGAACUGUGCAAGAUUCCAGACACUAUUGUUAGUACAAACAACAUAAUCCUUCAGAAUCAGGACACAUCUAUUUUGCGGAUUACUAAUAAAUCAGGGAAAUAUGAAGCUCUAUUUGAAAUAAUUUGUGAAGGUCAGUCCACCAUUAAGGAGGGCGGACUAGCAUCUGAUCAUCAACCAAGGGGUUCCUUUGGCUUUCCACGAUGGCUUGAGGUCAAUCCAGCAUCUGCCAUCAUCAAACCAGAUCAUGUUGCAGAGGUGGCGGUUCAUCAUGAGGAAUUCCAAACCCUAGAAGAAUUUGUUGAUGGCAUCCCACAAAAUUGGUGGUGUGAAGACUCUAGAGACAAGGAAGUUAUAUUGGUAGUUAAGAUUCGUGGCAAAUUCUCCACUGAGACAAGAAAUCACCGCAUCAGAGUGCGGUACUGCUUCGCGGCUAAGAAAUUACCUAUUGAUUCAAAAUCUAACUCCUCUAGGCAAGCACAAGGAACCGUCCUUCACCGAUCUGAUAUGCAGCGCCUAAGUGGUUCCUCUGAUGUGGUUGCUCACCUGCGGAAUAUGCACAGCCCUUAGGGCAGCAAUGAUUCUGUCUGCACAUCAAUCCGUGAGUAGAUCAACAAGGAAGAUGAAACAAUGACUGUGAUGCAGUCCAUCUGUUCAGACAGACCUCUCCCAGACAAGCAUCUUGUUGUAAAUAGCUGUGGAGCUGGUUCCCAAUGUAAACUUGCAACAAGUUGAGUUUGCUCCCCACAACAUUUUUGUUAGGUAUGGGUGUCUAUUCUUUAAACAAUAUCAGGUUUUUAAGUUUUUGAGUCCAACUUGUAAUUUUCUGUGACUAUUUGUUAGUGCAGAGGUGUAUAGAAAAAGUGAAGCAACGGGGUGGAGUGUUAUAAGAUUCUUCCCCCCCAUUUGUGUUCUUUUAUUUAAAACUUAAAGCCAUUUGUUCAUUAAAAUUAUGAGUGUAUCUUAGAUUGAGCACUAUGAAAGCAUGGAGAAAGCAAAACUUUUGCAGUAGGCUUCUUCUACUUCUUCUUAUUGUAAAUGGUAUAUCAAUCUGUGAGUAAUAUGGAUUUCAAUAUCAAUCUUCCUUCAUA